AUGGAAGAAAACGGUAUUGAACAAAGUGGUUUCAAGGGUUUCGUCUCAAACAGAUUUGGUCGAAUAGUUGAGUUGGCUAAAUUAUACCUUCAAAAUGAAGACAACAUCAAACAAUUUUUUAAUGCUGUAGUAGACGGGCAUUCAUAUAAACUUGUUCUAGCAGUUUCCACAUUCAUUGAUAACGCCUGGUUUAAAUGCUGUACUGAAGUAUAUUCUGCAAUUGGUGACUUGUUAAUAUUUCCCUUAAUGGAUUUAAUUGGAAUUGAUGGUCGCAAGGACGAUGCCCGAAGACGAAGUUGGGAGCAAGUUCGAGUUUUCUUUCAAAGCCAAUUACAAAGUCUGGAGUUGCAUCAGAAGAAUCUCUCCAGAGCCGAAACUGGAAAAGGUAGAUUGAUUGGAGCCGUGAUAAAUGAAAUAAUUGAAAUGCUGCAGCGCCAGUUGUAUGAAAUGGACUUUCUCAAACCAAAAGCAGAAGCAAAUGAAUUACUGUUGAUUCCAGACCUGGACAAAUUAAAAUAUGCACCAUUAACUAAUCUUAGAUGUGAAUCACAACUGGGGAAAUUUGAUAACAGAAUUAGAUUUGCUGGUGGAAUGACAACAAUAACCACUCAUUCUAGAAUGAAUAUUGUUUCUUCUAAUGGUCUUUUGUGUAAUCCGCAAUUUGUUGAUCUAGUGGAUAAAGACAAGAAAAUCAGAUGGAAAUGGGGAUCAGAAACUGCCCAGAAGGUAAAACAGCUGGAGGAGGAGUUUCUAUCUACUGUAAGAGCAAGCAAGGAUAUGGCAUUAAAGAAGAAAGAAGAAUUGAAAUUAAAAAAGAAUAUCAAAAUACUACAGGUUCUUGAAAAAGCAAUGCAUGAUAUUGAUGACAUUGAAGACAAUGAUUUAAGUUAUCAAGAUUCAUCAAAAUCAACUGCUGUCAACCCAGCGAAUUCUAAGUUAUUGAAGAAUGAUCCUGCUAUGUUCCAUCAAGUAAGGAUUCGUGAAGGUUACAGGUGCAUGAAUGAGCAGCUGAUGAGGUGUAUGGUCCAUUGCCUAGCUUCGUAUAAAGUCACCACAAAUGACUUAUAUGGUAUAACUGUUGCAGUAGCUAAUACAGUUUUUGGUCAACAGUGGCAGGUUUCAAAAACAAAUUCUGAUGAUCAAGAUAUUGGAGAAUUUGAUGAUGGUGAUGACGUUGAUGAUGAUAAAUUGGAUAAUCCUGUGGAUAAAGACAAGAAAAUCAGAUGGAAAUGGGGAUCAGAAACUGCCCAGAAGGUAAAACAGCUGGAGGAGGAGUUUCUAUCUACUGUAAGAGCAAGCAAGGAUAUGGCAUUAAAGAAGAAAGAAGAAUUGAAAUUAAAAAAGAAUAUCAAAAUACUACAGGUUCUUGAAACUUGCAAAAGACACGGUGGGCCAGUAACAUCUUCAACUAUACCACUUCUGGAAAGAUUGGAUCAGAGAGAGUUAUUGAAAGAAAUUUUUUAUUUGAGGAAUAUAGUAGCACCUGAUAUUAGACAGAAAAAACGAGUGAAAUGUGACACGGGCAAUUUUACGUAUGAAACGUUUUCCGAGAAAGAAUUGCGUCAGAUAAUAAAAUGUACUGUAUCACCAGAGUUUCGAGGUUCUUGCGAUGUUGAGUCACUUCUGUUGCAAUUGUUAAAAUAA